CCACGCGUUGCAAAACAUCUACACUGACAGCUUCGAAUACGGAAAACGAAUACAGAAACGGAUGAAUGGGCGGAAGAAACAAGAUUCCAGCAGCAUUUAUAUCCAAACUUGAAGAAAAGCGAAAACAGACUAGAGCUAAUUUCCAAGAAGAUUUCCAAGAAGAUUUCGUAGCAUUGGAUUUCGAUGGUAGCGCAGGCGAAUCUACAACUGUGGAAGCUACGUCUUCGACCGUAGAAUACAUUGCAGAACUAAUCGGGGGUACAGUUCUUCCUAUCCGAGGAAUUGAAGUUCAGUUCCCCUUCAAACCAUACCCUGCCCAGAUACAAAUGAUGUCCAAGGUCAUAGAGGCGCUGACUAAAUCACAGGAUGCGUUGAUCGAGAGUCCAACAGGCUCUGGAAAAUCACUAGCCCUGCUUUGCGCUGCCUUGGCUUGGCAAAGAAACGAUCAAAUGGUAAGAGCUGCCUCGAUUGCAAAUGCUCAGGCUGAAUUUGAUGAAGAAGACGAUCUUCUGAUUCUCACGCCGGACGAGGUCGACAAAGUCUGGGGAACGAGCAAUUCAAAACAAGAACCGGAGCCAGAACCAGAGAGUGCAACACAAGAUGAAUUUCAGACUUUUCAACCAGCACGAUUACAACGCAAACGAUUACGGUAUUUUGAGAAACUAGAUCCGCGACUCAAAGAUACAGAAGCACAGCCCAAGAAGGCGCAAACCGCUCCACCAAAGCUGUCAUCAGGAUUGCCGAAAGCUAAUAAGAUAUACUAUGCUUCGCGAACUCAUAAACAGAUUUCGCAAGUAGUUGCUGAACUCAAGGGAAAGACAGUAUAUCAACCUAAAAUGACGAUAUUGGGCAGUCGGGAUCAAUUUUGCAUACAUCCCAAAGUGUCAAAGGCGUCUAACAAGAACGAGGAAUGCUCAAAACUCCUUGAUAAGAACCUCUGCUCCUACGGACAUAAUGUGCGAAAGGUCACUCAACAUUCGAGUAUUCAACGUGGCAGUAGUAACUUUAUUUGGGACAUUGAAGACUUGAUCAACGUAGGACGUAAAACACAUGGAUGUCCAUAUUUUGCUGCAAAGAGUUUGAUGGAUGUUGCUGAGAUCAUUUUCUGCCCGUACAAUUAUCUCAUUGAACCCCUGAUUAGAGAGGCAUACGACAUCAAUCUCAAGGACGCUGUUGUAAUCAUAGAUGAAGCUCAUAACAUCGAAGACGUCGCUCGUGAUGCAGCGUCAUUCGCUAUCCAUGAAAAAGAGCUUAUACUGUUACAGAGUGAACUCACUGUACUAAUCAAAAAUAUGAUCCUUGUUGAACAUCACACCAAGCUUCUCUAUAUUGUGGAAUCAAUGAUAGAAUGGAUUGUGGACCCCAACAAUAAGUUCUCGGCAUUGGAAUACGAACAUUACAUCAACUCAUGGACAGGAUCAGAGAUUGUCAGUAAGCUGAACGGAUUGGGAAUAAAUCGCCUCACGAUGGAAAACGACUUGAAGCCUGCAUUGGCGCAGGUUAUAUUCGCUAUAAAUCAAAUGCGAAAAGCAAAGAAUAGCCAAUCAGCUUUUGGUUUUGACGAUGACGAUGAUGAGGUGAUGGAAAUAGGUUAUGAAGAAGACGAUACGGCUGUCGCUGGGGAGAAAAAAAGAAAGCCCAGGAAAAAAUGCCUCAGUACCAAGAAUUUGAUACUAUUAGAAGGUCUUUUCGUCGUGUUUAGCAAUCUCUUCCAAGAAGGAGUUGAUUAUCCUAGCGACUACGUCAUGGUUUUGAUGAAGCGCGCCAACAAGAAUCGUAUGACCUUUAGUAAAGAAUCGGAUUGGGAAUUUAAAUUGUCGUUCUGGUGUCAAAACUCUAGUAUAGCGUUCAAGGAUAUAACUGAUCAGGCGCGCUCCGUGUUACUCUGCAGUGGCACUCUAUCUCCUAUGAAUACAUUUAGCUCGGAAUUACAAACAGAAUUCCCAAUCCGCCUCGAAACAAACCAUGUUGUUGACAGAUCACAAAUUUGGGCAGGCGUCAUACCCUAUGGACCGGAUAGAGUUAGCCUUGUGGGAAGCUUCAAAACUUUGGAUACUUAUGUAUACCAGGACGAUAUUGGAAAUGCCCUCCUUCGUAUCGCUCAGACUGUUCCAAACGGCAUCCUAUGUUUUGUUCCCUCCUAUGCGGCAUUAAAUAAGUUUAUGUCCAGAUGGAAGCGCACUGGAUUGUGGGCAAAGCUGUCAGAAGCAAAGAUGAUGAUAACAGAACCCCAGAACGUCGCGAAGAAUGUUUUUGAGAAGGAGCUUACAAAAUACUAUGGAUCGGUGAACCUUAAUAAUGGCACCCAAAAUGGCGCAAUGCUCAUAGCGGUUUACCGUGGCAAAGUCAGCGAGGGCAUUGAUUUUAGCGACGCAAGAUGCAGAGCUGUUGUAUCUAUCGGCAUACCUUUUCCCAACCUGAAGGACUUUCAGGUCAUAUCCAAACGUGACUACAAUACCAAUGCACGCAAAUCAGGGAAAAACGUUCUUAAUGGUGAUGAAUGGUAUUCCAUUCAAGCACACCGAGCUGUUAACCAGGCACUCGGUCGGUGCAUCAGACAUCGGAAGGAUUGGGGAGCCAUCAUUUUGCUGGAACACCGAUUCCUGCAACCUGAUAAUAUCAAUGCGCUUUCAAAAUGGAUUAGAGCCCAGUGUAAAAAGCAUACCAAUGGGUUUGAUGAAGCCAUAUCGGAAUUGGAAGCGUUUGUUAAGAUGCGUAUGCAUACAGAUGAUAUGGAAAUGGAUAAAUACAUCGCGGAAGCUCAAGUUCAAGAAGAAACUGUAUAUGUAUCAGGAAAGCUGAUCAAUGAACAGAAUACAUUAAUAACAAGCGGCGAACCAGAAGAACCUGAACCCGACGAAACGAAGUUGCAGCAGCUAGAAGAUGAGCAACAACAGGACCCCCUUUCCCAGAAAUUCGUGAUCGACUACAUGGACACCACAUCCGUUUAUGAGGUGUCGGACAUGUCAGACGAGCCACCUCUACCUCAACCAAGUUACAUUAAUCCCCCCGUUGCCUUUGCUAUGGAGCCCACAAAGAAGACUCGCUACAAUAUCACAUGUCAACAAUGUAGGAUGCAACUGGGCUACUGUGUCGAACAAGAAAACUUCGUAGUUCAACAGAAGACUGUCUCGAGCAAGUACAUUGAAUCUUUACGACAGCCUCAUCCUACAAGCUCCCCAUGCUACAUAUAUGAACUCUUUCCACAGCAGGAUUGGAACAGCAGCCUCUUUCGGGAAAAGCAGUCAGACACUAUCACUGUGAAGUGGAACCUCCAAGACAAAAUCUGCUAUCAAGAUAUACACUGUCCAACUUGUGAAGCCUCCGUACCAAACGGCCUGGGCUCCUCGAUCAUUGGUGCUCGUAUAGUCGUUUGCCAAGCCGGUAGUACGAAGGAAAUCACUGACUUGCUAGGGAGGAUAUGGUUGUUAUACGAAGCGGUCAAAAUCGGGAGGAGCUUGGAAGUGCUUCCUGACUCACCCUCCAAAAAAAUCAAGUAUUACUAACACUGCUGACUGAACACUUCAUACUCACCUAUAACAUGAACUUACAGACCACAUAUUGUACAUAAUAGUGUAAAAAGAUAGAUAUUUAAAUUCAAGUAGAUGUAGU